AUGUUGACAGCUCAUAUACCAGAACUUGAAGGGCGCCCAAAGAAGAACAGUCACACAUCUAGUAAAGAUAUGAACUGGCAGGAUAUAAGGAGACAUCACCCUAAAAUGUCCCAUAUAAAAGGACAUGAAGGAGACCCUUGCCUUCGUUCAACUGACUGCAUUGAAGGUUAUUGCUGUGCUCGCCAUUUUUGGACCAAAAUCUGCAAACCAGUGCUACGACAAGGGGAAGUUUGCACAAAGAUACGGAAAAAAGGCUCUCAUGGAUUGGAGAUCUUUCAGAGAUGCGACUGUGCUAAGGGCUUGUCUUGCAAAGUAUGGAAAGAUGCCACAUAUUCUUCAAAAUCAAGACUGCACAUUUGCCAGAAAAUAUAA